UUAACCCUUUGCACACUUAAUUUAUUAAUAUUUUGUUUGAUUUUUAGGUUUUCUCUUCAGAAGUUCUUAAUUCACAGCCCUGCUCAUCAUGAAUAACAUGAAAUCAGUCCGAGACAUUACCCUGAGGGAGUUAGAGCUAGGUAUUGAAGGUGGAGCUUCAUGGCAUCAGCAAUACGCAACUAGUGCUUAUAUAUUCAUAGGUGGGUUGGACUAUGAUCUGACUGAAGGUGAUGUUUUGUCUGUCUUUUCUCAGUAUGGGGAGAUUGUGAACAUUAAUCUAGUGAGGGACAAGAAAACUGGAAAGUCGAAAGGUUUUUGUUUCAUCGGAUAUGAGGAUCAGCGAAGUACCAUACUGGCAGUUGAUAAUUUCAAUGGCAUAAAACUUUGUGGGAGAUCAAUACGUGUUGAUCAUGUGCAGAAUUACCGAAGACCAAAAGACGAACACGGGAAUGAAAUCAUUGAAAAAGGUUGCGCACCAAAACCAUUUUCACCUGAACCAAAGAAAAAGAAGAAGGCAAAGAAAGAAAAGAAAAGUAAAAAGAAAAAGAAGCAGAAGCUUGGAACUUCUAGUGACAGUGAAGGAAUGAGCGAUGAUAGUGAAGAGAAUAAAAAAGAAGCUACUGGAGAAAAGACUAGCCCAGAACAAAGAGAAGAAGUAUCUGUAGAAAGAAGACGAAGUCCACAUGAAAGAAAGGAGUUUAGGAGAAGAGAAAGAAGUCCAAGUUCAGGACGAGAGAUGAGUCCUGUUGCAAGAAAGAGAAGUCCAAUGGAAAAGAAAGCAGGAAGAAGUCGUUCUAGGAGUCCGGCUAAAAGAAGGAGAGAAAGAAGUCCAGCUGAAAGAAGGCAGAGGGAAAGAAGUCCAAGAUGGAUGAGUCCUCAUAUUGAGAGGAGGAGGAGUCCAAUUGAACGGAGACCAAGAAGAGAGAGAACUCCCGAGAGAAGGAGAGAGAAAAGUCCAACUGAAAGAGGAAGAAGACAUCAUUGAAAUUAUUAAUCUUAUUGCAUGCUACGAGUUAAUUAUAUUUAUUAAUUAUACAUUUGGCAGAAUAGCCUGCAGCAGUCAAA